UCUAUUUGUUCCUCCUCGAUACUGCCUCACCAUCGCGUUCACUGCUACUCAUUCUUCGGCAUCUGUCCACAUUGACGGCUCUUAUGAUGCAUCUCGCUGAUACGAUGGCAAUAGCGCACUGUAGAAGGCCUGGAGGAUAUCCCCUUCCUCCUCACUGCCACCAGAAACCCCCCAUGAACAGACAAUGCUCCAGGACAGGUAGGCCACUCAGUGCACCCCAGGAAGACGGCCACUGCCCGGAAUGAACUACCUCCGUCUUCGGGACUUUCGAGGCAGUGUUGUCGGGCACCUACACAUGACCGAGGCGAGCAGCUUUCACCGGUUCCGGCGCAAAAGGACAAAGGACUCGAUCGAUUUCUUUAUUCCUUUUCUCCCCUGUUCUUUGACCGAGAUCGUCACGACAGAACUCGAGCAGUUGCCUCGACUCCAUUGUGCAAUCGAGUCGCAUUGUCCUCGCCCGCCCACUGCCUCUGCCCAGUCACUUCCUCUCCCCCUGCCUUCAUAACCUGUCUUCCCCAGGUUCAACCAUUUAUACCCUGCAUCCACUUCCAGCUGUCCCAUCCUUCUAAUCUAACCACACAAUUACCUGUCAAAUCAAGGCUGCUCAAAAUCACAUCUCAAGGUAAGCGAAAGAUCUAGAGAAAAAUGUGUCACAACACACUCUUCCACUUCACAUGCGGCUGCACGCAAGAAGUCAAACGGUACGUCUGCGGCGCCCAAACCGAGAAAUGCCGCAAAGCACUCCUCCGACCGGCUGUUCAGAAUCUCGACGGGCCAUGCCCUGAGCACCGCGCCACCUCAGCCAGCGCAUACAUCCAUCCAGCAUACCGCAAUGGUCCUGCUCCCGUGAUGCCCAAUGUUUACAACCAAGACUCCGCUGUACGGACAAGACAACCACUGGCAGCGCCUCCAGUUUCAUUUCAUGAACCCACCGCCCGCAAAUCCUCACGCUCAACCGGACGCAGUGGCAACGGCAGCGGGAGCAACAGCAACAGCGGAGCAGGAGCGCAAUACAACACAAACAGCAACCUCCGCGACUUCAGCGAGAUUCCACACAUUCCACAACCAGCCCCAUCGACCCGUCGGCGCAAGCGGUCCACGGCUUCUCCUUCUCCCUUGGCAGCAAACACCAUCCAUGACGGCGGUAUCUCUAAGGGUUACCGGCGGUCAUCGCGAUCUCGCAUGUCUCCAUCGCCCGUCUCACCACUCAAACAAUCGGACUUUGGCUAUGGCCGACGUGGGUCUUCGCGUUACCGCAAUUCACCUGUUUCUCCUCUUGAAGAAGAGUGGAACCAGCAACCGACUCGUCGUCCUUCACGAGCCGUAGCGGGCGCUGGUGCCGGAGCCGGUGCCGGUGCCGCUGUCGGUGGUGGUAGACAAGCUCACCCCACCCAAGGCACCCUCGAAACCCGCAAAGUACUCAACCUCCAUCGCCAACUCGACGUCCGUCGCCGCCGCGAAGUCUAUGAGGACUGCGAGAAACUGCUGACUUCCCGCCGAUACAAGACUCGUGAGGAAUUGCUCCGCCACCCAUUGUUCCAGGAACUCGGGGAACGUGAUCGAGAGAUGUUGUUCGCUGAGUACGAUGCCCGAGUGCGUGCGAAUCGCGCGGCUAAGGGAUCGACGACAAGAAACCAGAAGAGAAGCAGUCGGUGUGUUGUCAUGUAAGUUACCACAGUGCAUGUCGCCGCAGGGCGAAUGAGGGUUGAUACGUAGGUACUGAUGCUAAUGCAUGGUCCAUAUGUGCGGGUGUGACAUAAAUAUUUCUACUAUGGAAAUACAGUAGUUGCGCUCAUACUGAUGAGGCAUCAGAAAGAAUAUCAUCUACUCUUCUCUACUUUCCUCUACA